AUGCCUGGGAUUGAUACCUCACUGGGCGCGUCCCUGAACUGCGCGUUCAUCUCUUGCUUCCUUUACGGUGCCAUGGCCAUACAAACGUAUACGUACUACCAAUCUGGCUUCAACACGACGGACUCACUCAUGAUAAGAAUUUUGGUGUUUAUUACACGCUUCUCUGAAACCGCGACCACGAUUCUCGUUUGUAUAUAUGCGUACUCAUGUGCCGUUUCGAAUUUCGGGGAUCCGAAUUACUUGACCCUUACGGUCUGGCCAUUGAAAUACACUCUUCUGGGAAGCCUAAUCACUGCCCUUCUGGUAGAGGUAUUCUUUGCAUGGCGGAUUCGCACCCUAUCAAGAACAUGGUUGCUCACAAUCUUGUCCUUGACCAGUUGUCUUCUGCGACUGUGCGGCACGGUGGCUCUAAUGUUUGUAAUACCCAAGGACCCCGUUGACAUCGCAGGCUUUGUGCGAAACCAUCGCGGGCUGGUGAUCAUACUUUUUGGCACUGGAGUGUUUUCCGAUUUUGUCAACGCCUCUGCACUUUGCUAUUACCUCUGGCGUGACAACUCAGUACGCGAGGCCAGGCAUAGCACGCAAAGGGUGAUCAACAAGAUUAUAAUGUGGACUAUAGGCAGGUCU